AUGGAAAGAACUGAAUUAAAUUCAUAGAUUGCAUAUUUCAAAUAAGAGAAGCUAGAUUUACAAAAGAAAGUGGAAGAUUAUUAAAAAUUAAAGGAGGAUUUGAUAGUUAAGACUUUUGAAAUAAAAGGAUUGUAAAAAGAUUUAGAAUUCGCUAAUAGUCGAGGAAGUCAAACUAAGGAUGAAAUAAAUCGAGAAUUAGAUUUCUCAAAAUAAUAAAUAAAGAAAUUGGAGUAACAAUUAGAGGAAGUAAAGACAAAAAAUCAAGAAUUGGAAGUAGAAAAGGUAAAAUAAGAAAUGAAACUUCAUAUUGAUUCUUAAUAGAUAGAAAAAUUGAAUGAAUUAUAAUCAUAAAAUACUCAAUUAGAGAAAAGAAUAACUGAAUACAAGGCGCAAGUGGUAAGUUUAAAUGAUCAAGUGAGAUUAUUGUAAAAUAGAUAAUAAGAAGAGAUGAGAAGUUCUAUAAAGGGAACCGAUUUUGCAUCAGCAGAAAAGAUUCAAGGUUAUGAAUUAUAAAUAACCAAAUUAAAUGCUGAACUUAGGUCAAGCCAAUAAUCAUUUAAUGAGAGUUAAUAAUGUCUAUCUGCAGCAAAGAAGCAAUGUUUUGAUAGUGAAAAGAAAAUAAUGGAAUUGGAGAAGAGUGUGGAAAGUCUUACAUAUUUAUUAAAGGAGAAGGAUAGAGGAAUAAAGGAGAGAGAGUAAACUAUAAAACAAUUAACUGGGGAAUUGGAAGAAACAAAGAAGGAUAUGAUGAUAUAUUAAAAGAAUUUAAGCAAUUUCAAAUAGAUCGCCUAAUAAGCAGAUCCAAAAAAAGUGUUAGAGAUCGAUAGUGAGGCAUUAAAAGUAGAAGAAAAGUUAAAGUUGAGAGAAGAGUAAAGAAAUAGAGAACAAAGACGAUAAGAAUAGUAAAGGUAAGAGGAACUGCAAGGUAGAUAAGAAAAAUUAAGAUAGGAAUAAUAAUAAUAUUCGGAUUUGAUGUAGAAAGGUAAAGAACAAAGGCAAAAAACAGCAUAAUUUUUGAAGAAAUAGAUGUUGGAAAGUCAUGGAAAGAUUGAAGUUUGCUUUUUGAUCGAUGUAACAGGAUCAAUGGAUCCAUAUAAAGAGUAGGCAAUGAAAUGUAUUAAGGAGAGUAUGAAAAACAUCAAAAUAAAGACAAACAGGGAUGCUUUAUGGGCAACUGUAGCAUAUUAAGAUUUUGGAGAAUUGAAAUAAUUGGGAGGAUUAUACAAAUAAUUAAAUUUCACUCCAAAUCCUAAAGAAAUAGAAGAAUAUUUGUAAGAGAUUCCUUGUGCUGGAGGUGGAGACGCAGCAGAAGAUAUUAGAGGAGGCAUAAUGCAAAUGAUUAAGAAUUUGCAUUGGAGUAAAACAUUCAAAAUUGCUCUUUUGAUUUGUGAUGCUCCUACUCAUGGUAAGAGAUAUAAUGGUGGAGUGAGCGAUAGAUACCCAAAUGAAGAUAUUGAAGAUGCUAUUAAUUUACUUAUAGAUAAUAACAUUUUAUUUGUUGCUAUCCUAUUUAAUAAAGUGACAUUACCAAUGUUUGAAGAAAUAAAGAAGAUGUAUCAACGUGCAGAUAGAGAGGAAUUAUUAUUAUUUGCAGAUUUAGAAAACACAGAAUAAGGCAGAAUUUGGUAGGAGCUUGUUGAUUUGGUCUCUUAAGCAUCAUAAAGAGCAACUCAAACAAAUAAUAAAGGAACUAGAUCAAAAAAUAACUAGGCGAAUAAAAGAUCCUAAUCUGGUGCUAUGGAAGCACUUUGCAAGUAAAUUAAGGAUCCAUUUUAAUUUGAUAAAUUACCUGGAGUUAGCAUUAUUCCAGCUAAGUUUGGUGUUUUUCGAGUUGAAUUGAAGUAGGAUUCAUUUGAAGCCAACAUAGAAAACCUUAAGAGACUUGAUAUAAAUAGGGAUUAUAGCGUUUAUUAAGAAGGGUAAUGGGAUUGCAUUAGAACUGAGAAAUUCUUUGCUUAAGGUUAAAUGAAACAGGUGUUUUUGAUGAAAAGACAGAACAAUUAAAAUGAGUUAUAUGUGAUAAAAAUGCCGAUUGGAGAUUUAACAUACUCCAGUCAAGAAUAAGCUGUUGUAGAAUGCAGAUCUCAUCUAAUUUCAAAAUGCUUAAUGAAAAAGUUUAUUAGGGAAUUAUAGGAUGCAAGAGAUAAAAGUGAUAGAUCCAUUAAGAUUCCUGAAGUGUAAUAUUCAGACUUUUUGAUUUUGAAGGAUUUGGAAAGAUCAAAUUCAUUUUGGAUUGCAGAAAGAUACUUCACUGGUGAAUUCGUUAAGUAUAAUAAUAAUUAUGGUUUUAUUUCAGAUGAAAACCUAGAUAUCAAUCAUUUAGCUUAGGCAUAUACCUAUUAUACAUAUUUCAUUUCCAAUUUCAAUUAUAUGGUUAAUGAUGUUCAAGGAGUUGGAAAUUACUUUACAGAUCCUGCCUUAAAUACAAAAGAUAGUAAUUUUGAUGAGACUGAUAUGGGAAUUGAUGGGUAAUCAAUGUAUAUGGUCAGUUAUGAAGGAAAAAAACAUAUGGGAAGAAAGUACUUAGAUUUACUAGGUAUACCAUCGCCAUGA